ACUGACACACACCUGCCACCAGCAGGUCCCUCAUUUCACGAUAUAGGGUUAACAUUUGUGAUCGAUUAGAACUCCUUAGCAGUCUGUGCAUCUCCAACCACGCACCCUAUUUAAUCAACCCAACCCCUCUCUCAGAUCACAUUUACGAGCAGCUCCAAUCUUUGCUGAAGACGACAUGGCUCUGGCUGAUCCACAGCGCGGAAUAACUAACGGUGCAGAUCCUGCCUCUGCGUUUUCGGAAAUUAUCGAACUAAAUGUUGGUGGCCAAGUGUACGUGACAAGGCGCGCAACUUUAACAGCAGUGCCGGACUCUCUGUUAUGGGGCAUGUUCAGUAAGAAUACGCCAAAAGACUUGGCGCGAGAUAGCAAAGGGCGCUUCUUCUUGGACCGGGACGGUUUUCUCUUCCGUUACAUCCUAGAUUACCUGCGGGACCUCACCCUGGUGCUUCCCGAAUACUUCCCAGAAAAGAAGCGUCUGCAGAGGGAGGCCGAGUUUUUUCAGUUGCGAGAGCUGUGCAAGCGCCUGAGUCCUAAAAUGAGUAAGGACGACUCGGUGUGCGAGGAGAAGGAGAGCUGCUAUCAGAGCGACUCAGAGGAGGUGAUGGCGCACGGUGCCGCGUUUUCCGGUUGGGACGCGUCGCGCGCGCUCGUCGCACCCAGCAUGGCGCACUCGCCCUCGGCGGAAGUCAGAAAGUCGGGCUACAUCACCAUUGGUUACCGGGGCUCGUACACGAUCGGGAGGGACAUUCAGACCGACGCCAAGUUUAGGCGCGUGGCGCGCAUCACCGUGUGCGGGAAGACGUCUCUCGCCAAAGAGGUGUUCGGAGACACUCUGAACGAAAGCCGAGACCCGGACAGGCCUCCAGAGAGAUACACUUCCCGCUAUUAUCUCAAGUACAACUUCCUGGAGCAGGCUUUCGACAGACUCACCGAGUUCGGCUUCCGCAUGGUCGCGUGCAGCUCCACCGGGACGUGCGCUUACGCGAGCAACGACCCCGGCGAGGACAAAAUCUGGACGAGUUACACAGAGUAUGUUUUCUGUCGGGACUGAGACUCACUGGAAAUCUACAACUCCACGUGUAUCAUUCAUGCAGAAGUCUACUAAAGCGGAGGGGCGAGACAUUAGUGUAUUAGGUAUUUAGAAGUUCAACCACAGAGAUGAGCAUUAGAGAUGCUGAUACAUUGUUAUGUAAAUUCAUAUCACAAAAGCUCCUUUAUAUCCGAGUUUUAUUUACUGCGUAGAUGUUAAUUUAUGACCACUAAAAACCUGUGCAUCAGAUAUUAGAUUAGAUUCAACAUCAUUGUCAUGUACCUUGCACAAUGACAAUAAAGUUGAAUCUAAUCUAAUUAAUACCUGAGCAGGUAAUAACUUCAAUUAUGUAAUAUUGCCCACUGAGAUUUGUUUACACCAACUACAGAGCGCACCAGGGAUAUAGGAACUAUAACAAUUUACCAUUAAAUGUCAAAUCCUUUUAAAUGUAAUCUCAUUCCUUUAAAUAAUCUGGAAUCAAUUUGAUAAUAUACAAAUGAAUACAUAUCUUAUUUUCCAGAGAGGUGUUCUUGCAAUAAAUGUGAUUUGAUACGUUUAAAUUGCUGAAUUCAAUGUGUUGAUAAGGUCUCUUUACAAGCACAGGAAUGGCAGCGUGAAAUAAUUUCCACAAAGAAAAAAAAUGGAAUAAGAUGUAGCUUAAAGCUUUUUAUGAUGCCCUAGACCUGAAGCAGAGGAUUCCUAUAAUAUAUAUUAUCUGUUUAUUAGACUCGAAACUGAAUAACUGUUGCCAUACUCUCUGUUAUUGCAUGCAAUGUUUACAAUGAUUUUGGUACCGUUUCUGUUGUCUGGUAAAACAAAACAAACAAAAAGAAAAGAAAGAAAAGAAAGAAACCAAAAACAAGAGGUUACACUUUUAAUCUGUACAAACUUUUUUUUUGCUUCUAAACAGAAAGUUUUUCUCUUCAUGAUACAUUGUUUUCACAUUGAAAUACUGGUCAAGACUUGUGCACUAAAUUAAUGUUUCCUAUAACUGUGUGUGUUUCAAAUGUAAUUUAAAUGUAUAUUUUGAUUGAAAUUAAAUAAAACCACAU